GUAUCUACACAUUCAAGAGAGAGAAACAGAGGUAGAGAGCUUGUCUGCAACCUCCUCCUACAGACAGCUGGAGAGAAACUCACACUGACUCAACUCAAACCAUCACAGUGUAAUCUUAACUCGGAUUUGUUAUGCCAUCUAAAACACUCACCACCACAGCAAACAAGCGCAUCACUGUACAAAUUGAGGACAGCGUGGAUGUGACACACACCCGUCAUGUUAAAGAUCAAUGUGAGAUGGAAACCAGAGCCCAGACAUCAUUACCCAGAUACCUCAGAUUUACACAUCGCAAUCAGAAGGAGCUGGGUGUUUUCACCACAGAACCCAUUCCUGUAGGGACCCGGUUCGGCCCGCUGCUGGGAGAACCUCUGCACCGUGAAGAUAUAUCUGCAAACAUCAACCGGAAACACAUCUGGAUGAUCUUCUCUGAGGGGCAAUUACAUCACUUCCUGUCUUGUGAGGGCGAGAGCGACAGCGGUUGGAUGUGCUUUGUAAAUUCUGCCCCAUCUCCUUGGCAACAGAAUCUUGCAGGAUUCCAAAUUGGGAUGCAGGUUUAUUUCUAUGCAAUGAAGGAUCUAAUGCCGGGGGAGGAGCUACUAGUGGGGCGGAGCCUAGAAUACAAGCGGCCAAUGAGAAGCGGCCUUUCUGAAGCGGCCUUUCUGAAGCAGCCACCUCCCCCACACCCUAAUUCUCAAGAUAAAGAUAAGGUGAGGAGUAGAAAGAGAGGUUAUACCGUCACCGAGAUCCUGGAUCUGAACCCCGGGACUGAUCAUCACACUGUAACUCCACUUAGCACCAUCACACAAUCUAAAUAUGGGGAAAAAAUGACCAGAGACCUGCAGAAUCCAAAAUUACCUCCAUCUUUGAUGACUAAUAGCUUCUCUGACAUUCCUUUAAACGUAGGAGGACAUGUAUACACCCCUGCUAUCCCACAAUCCUUUAUGCCAAGGUAUAUAUGGCCUAUUAUUCAGUACGUGCCUUCACAUCAGCCAAUAAGAUUUGGCCGAACAGCAGCACACAUGUCUCAUAAUAUUCCCCUUCCACCAAUCCACAUGUAUCCAUCUCUUUUGAGUCAAACAUCCAAAGAGAAUCACCUUUCAUUAGCGUUGACCAAUAAAGACGACCUCAAAAUUGAUGUGAGAGACUCUACAAUAAAAGAGACAAAACCUAAAGACUUAACAAAGAUGUCACGUAACCCACCGCCAACCCUCAGCAACGCAACCGACCCUUCUCCUGCUGAAGUAUCCAGUGCUGAUGACAUCACAGCCAAUAGAGACUCACCUGAGAUGGGCGUGGCUUCCCCAGGUGGCUCCUCCUCUGCCGACAGAUACGGCACAGAGUCUCAGGGCGCCCAGAAGAAACAGACUGUAGGUUACAAGGCUUUACCGUAUCCAUUGCAAAGACAGAAUGGAAAGAUCCAGUAUGAAUGUAACGUGUGCGGGAAGAAAUUCAGUCAACUGUCAAACCUGAAGGUGCACCUGAGAGUUCACAGUGGUGAGAAGCCGUACAGGUGCGAAAUCUGCAGAAGGAAUUUCACCCAGCUGGCUCACCUUCAAAAGCACAUCCAGGUUCAUACGGGAGAGAAACCACAUGAAUGCCAUGUGUGUAACAGGCGUUUCAGCAGCUGCAGUAACCUGAAGACUCACCUGCGGCUGCACUCAGGUGAACGGCCAUAUGUCUGUAAGCAAUGCCCCGCCAGCUUCACCCAGCACAUCCACCUGCGGCUCCACAGACGCCUGCACACCGCUCCACGCUCACACCAGUGCCCGCAGUGCCCUCGCAGGUACACACACCUGUGCAGCCUACAGAUCCACACCCACCAGUUCUGUCCUGCCACCAGCGUCACAGGCUCCGCCUCUCAGCUGGACUUGGCCAAUGACGCGAUCGAGAGGUUUGAUCUCAGCGAAGGUGCAGAAAGCCUUGAGGUUAAUAUGGAGACGGAGUCUAUAAAGAGGAUGUGCCGGGUGAUCUGGACACAGGCACUUGCAGAUCCAUCUGUCCUCCACCAGGAAGCAGCACAGGUCCAAAUAAUAAAGAAAUGAAUCGUCCAGGCCUCUUUCUCCAAAGGUUUCCAUUAAACAAGAAGGUGAUCGGUAAAUUGUCUGAUAGAUGCACAGUCUUGACCUGUUUUCUGUGAUUUCCUGUUUAUAUUUUAAACAUACAUUUUCAGUUAUUUUUGUUUGUAUUUGACUGGCUUAUCAUUUAAAAGGUACAUAACACACACAGUUUUUGCCAAUCUCAUGUUAAUCUUGAGUACUUAUAGUAGAGUACAGUAGUAUUGCAUCCUUCAUAUCUCUGAAAAGUCUUUAGUUUUAUCAUAUUUAUAAAAGACAGAUAUGCUAUACUGACUCUUUCCGAAAACAGCCGAGCUCCUGGAGGCGUGCCUGCCGUGGGCAGAGAUAAAGAGUCACGAGUAUGCGCAGCUUUUGCCUAGAGAUCGUCUGCAAGCUGUGACAUCAUUAUACCUAAAAAGGGAACAAAAAAAUUCACGUUCUUUACAUUAUAUGAACUUGUGCGCCGAUUGCCAACAAAACACGGACAUUUGAUGCAGUUUUUCUCGCCGCCCGUGGUCUGCAAAUCCAGUGUCGAACUGGGACUUGUUUACAAAACAUUUGUCACCGAAAUUCCGAAUACAUGCACAACUCCGUUGCUGCCCUGGAAAAACAAACUUCAUCCACUGUUCCUUUAAAGGGUUAGUUCACCCAAAAAUGAAAAUUCUGUCAUUAAUU